CGCGUUAUCUCAAAUGGCCGAGAAUUCAAAUCGCAAAGAUGUCAUUAGCUUUUACGAUGCAGCUGCACGCAAUGAUGAAAAUAAUUCUCAUAUCAAGAGAAGAGAAACUCGUAUAUUUUAUCUGAGGAACUUUAACAACUGGAUGAAAAGCGUUUUCAUCAGUAAGAGUCUUCAAAGCCUAGAUGUUCCCUGCAAUCGCGCUCGAAUAUUAGAUCUGUGCUGUGGUAAGGGUGGGGACCAGUUAAAGUGGUUACGCGGCGGUGUUCAACAUGUAACUUUUGUGGAUUUAUCCAAUGAAUCUAUUGAGAAAUAAACGGUCUGUUUUCACUGCAGACUUUUUUGUGGCGGACUGCUCAGAAGCUAUACUUCCACAAGUGCUUCCGUUUGGUGUCUUAUAUGAUCUAGUCAGUUGUCAAUUCGCACUUCACUAUGCUUUUGAGAGCAUAGCUCAGGUAAUUUGCUAAUUUAUUUUUAGAAGAUUUGGUCUAUAUCGUCCACCUCAAACUAUUUUGUACUUGAAGAUGUCAAGUGUGUUGUGAUAUCACAGUAUUUUAAUGAACACCAAUUAAUCUAUCGGAAAUUGCGUUUUUAAUUUACUGAUUCAGUGAUAAUCUUUAUAUUCACGAAUUGAGCAGACUUUCUUCAGGAGUUUGUACUUACAGAUAGCAGAUCUCUGAUACUUUUUGUACAAAAGUGUGAGUAUUCAUCAAGUCGUUGCACAGGCUGUUGUGCACUUCAUCCAUGGAUCUUUUGAAGAACUCUGAUUGUCUAACAGUUAUUCAUGUGAACACUUCUGGUUCUACAUUGAGCAAGACUUACAAAACGUGAUCAUCGCGAAUUAGUUUCUAUAAACCAGCAAUUUAUAGUCAUGUUCAGACCAUUGUCAUCUCAUAGUGGUCGAACCAACGUACAUAGUUCGGAUGGUUGCAGAUGGAACAGAAAGUUUCACUUAAAGAGCUUCCACGCCUAAAAGCAAGGGAUCACCAGUUUCUUCAGGCACGUAGAAUUUUGUCAAAUAUCAGCUCUCUGUUACGAAAAAAUGGCUUUUUCAUUGCAACGAUCCCAAAUGCUUACGAACUUCUGCGGAGAGCUACAGAAGCGUUAAACAAACAUGUACAAAAACAAGUUCCGGAAUCUGAUAUUAAAGAAAUUAAGUUUGGAAACCCCGUAUAUUCAGUCACAUUUCCCAAAGAUUCAUUCUCAAUCAAUCGAAUAACAACCCAAACGAAAGAUGCGGUUGAACUGACAUUUCCUUUAUUUGGUGCAAAGUACAACUUUUUCCUGGAUGGAGUCGUAAAUUGCCCUGAAUUUGUAGUAUACCCACCGCUCUUGGAUAGGUUGGCAGCUGAUUACGGAUUGGUACCCGUACAUGAACCUAUCUCUUUCGCUAAGAAUUUUUAUUCUACGUUACGCAACCGUUCAAGCCCACAAGAUCCAAAGGAUUUGCUCAAGAGAAUGGAAGCUUUAGAACCAUGGCAUAAAAGUAAUAACUAUUCUUGCUCAAAUGAUGACGAAUAUAUUCAUCUGAUAGAUCAUCAAAAUAGCUUGCACAACAAUUCAUACACAUAUGGAACUCUUUCUAAAUCUGAUUGGGAAGUUACUUCUAUGUACUCUUUGCUGGCUUAUAAGAAAAAACCAAAUAAAGUCUGAGUCUAUGCAA